AUGGCAGCCAUAGAUCUCUACUUUGAUCCUCUCAUGGAAUCCAAGCCUCUUGGUCUAAACCAGCUUACACCAUACCAAAUGUACCAGAUUCAGAAGCAGCUUAACCAUAGACGCAGCAGCACAACUUCAAACCGAAUCCCAAUGAAGAAACUCUCAGCAUCUUCCUCCAACUCCCAGAAGGUCUACAAAGGCGUAAGGCAGAGACAUUGGGGAAAAUGGGUCGCUGAGAUUCGUCUACCCAGAAGCCGGACUCGGCUCUGGCUCGGAACGUUCGGAACCGCUGAGGAAGCUGCCUUGGCUUACGACCAAGCAGCUUUUCAGAUCCGUGGAGAUGUCGGGAAGCUUAACUUCCCAAACAUGAAACAUGACGAAAUUAAUCAUCUCCCUUCUUCUGUCGAUGCCAAGCUCCAAGCUAUUUGUCUGAGUUUGAGAAAAACAGAGGAGACAUGCUCUGUUUCGGAUAAAACAGAGGAUAUAUGCUUUCUUGGUAAUAAAACAGAGCUUUUCUUGCCAAAAACAGAGCAUGUGGAAACGAAAUUCUCCGAGGAGUCAUCGAGAACCGAUGAGAAUACGUUGUCGGACGAGUUUAAACAUGAAUGUCCGUCUUCAGGACAAGGUAUAACAUUACUAGAAUUCUCAGAUACUGAGUUUAACGAGAUUGGCAGUUUCGGACUCGUCAAGUUUCCUUCGGUGGAGAUCGACUGGGAUGCGAUUAGCAAACUUUAA